UUCCUGUCCAAUUGCGUGAGUCCUCCUCAGUGUGCACGCAGCUCUCUCCCCCAGCGAGCAGCAGAUCGGAGGCUGCCACCGCCGGAGCACCAGCAGCGGAACGACCCCUUUGUGCUUCACCGACUGACGCGCGUCUCCUCUGCAAGGAAAACACCGUCACACAUCCAGAGGAAAACACUGAGUGAAGCACAAUGGGACCGUUCCAAGAAUAUGAGGAAAAGAAGUCGCCGGAGAAAGGAAGCCCGCGCAGCCGCAUCCCGCGUUUGGUUCUCCAUCCCUUCAGACCAAAGGACAAAGGUUCGCCUCUGUCUGACUCACCGUUCUCAGAGGAGGAAGGGAAGGAGUGUGACAUCAGCUCAGACCAUUCCAAAAGGACCAUCAGCACCAACAGCUUUUGCUCUGAUGACACCGGCUGCCCCACUAGUCAGUCUGUGUCCCCCUCCAAAACCCCGUCAGGCUCAGAGCAGAGUGCCCACGGCUCGCCCGCACUGCCGGAGCGCAAGACCAAGGUGAAGAGGGUGCGCGUGGUGGACGAGCGCAGCGGCGAAACACGCAGCGCCCCGAAGCACAAGAGGGAGCUGAGGUCGGCCAUGAAGGCCAGAGGUAGUGAGGCCGACUUCAGCUCCUCAGGCAGCACAGGCAGCCUGAAGACCAAGGAGAGCCUGGCCUCUAUCUCAGCUGGGAGGAAAGCUCCUUCGCGCAGUCGCAGACCACUCCCUGUGUUCAGACCCCCUGGCAGCCCGGCGGCUAACCGCGGUGCAGAGCUCUACGCUCCCUACAGGACUCCUCCCAGAGCUGCCUCCUCCACCACCAACAGCAGCAGCUGCAACUCCAGCCCCACCUCCAGAAGAGUGAACCCGGGCCGUUUCCACUCCUGCGGGGAUAACCAUGGCAUCAGACCGCCGAACCCCGAGCAGUAUCUCACCCCGCUACAGCAGAAGGAAGUGGCCAUCAGACACCUGAAGACCAAACUGUUGGAGUCUGAGAACACAGUCCGGGACAGAGAAACUGAGGUCGGGGAGCUAAAGUCUCAGCUUGGCAGAAUGAGGGAAGACUGGAUCGAAGAAGAGUGUCACCGGGUGGAGGCUCAGUUGUCUCUCAAAGAGGCCCGCAAAGAGAUCAAGCAGCUGCGCCAGGUGGUGGAAACGAUGAAGAGCAGCCUGAUGGAGAAGGAUAAAGGAAUACAGAAGUAUUUCAUCGACAUCAACAUCCAGAACAGGAAGUUGGAGUCCCUGCUGCAAAGCAUGGAGCUGGCCCAGAGCGGCACUAGCCUCCAAGACGACAACACCUUGGACUGCAUCUGCGACGGCCCCGGCCCCUGUGGGAAGAAGAUGGUCGGGGAUGAGGAGGGUGGACUGGAGCUGGGAACCCAGGGGGCGGAGGCGAUGGCGGACAGCGGGCUGCUGGCAAACGACGAGAUGGCCAACAGAGCGGACAUUUUGGAGCAGGUCUUCAUGUCCACUGCUGUGGAUUUUAGUCAGGACUGCAGCGGCAAGCUGAUUGCGGGGACAGCGGAGUCUGUGCCUGGGGAGUCGGCGCUGUCAGAAGAGGGGCGGUUGAUUGAGGACUCCAUCGGGCCCCCACCGGCUCUACCAAACAACAUGGCUUCCAUCACCAUAUCCAUGAGCGCACCCUCCCAGCAGGACACUGAGGACAAAGGAAUGCAGACAGACAUGUUGCCCGUGGGGCCAGACUUGCAGGCCGUGCUCUUCCAGCUGCUCAAGUUCCAUGGAGCAACAGGGGGGGAAGCGGCUCUGUCAGCCUGCAGCGGUCUCCCGAUCCCGCCAGACUCUCCCUCCGCCAAUGCCGCCAUCCCCGACUCGAAACCCCACCGACCCAGCAUUCUCGCUCCUGAUCCCCCGCAGAGCCCCGACGACUCUGCCGAUUCCGGCCUGGGCUGCUCGGAACCUGCAGUGAGCCGACGGUUCAUGGAAGAGCUGGAUUUCAGCGUCGGCGAGGAGGAACCCGGUGUGUCUCCGCGGCUGGAUGUGGACGGCAAGCGUUACUGGAGCAAUAGCUUCCUGGUGGACCUGGUUGCCGUGGCAGCCCCUGUGCUGCCCACGGUGGCUUGGCUGUACUCCAGGCACGGCGUGGACGGGAGUGCUCCAGUGUACAACAUCUCAGCUCUCAUCAGGGGCUGUUGCAUCGUGGGAUUGCACUCUCUCCGUCACGUCACUCGCAGGCCGGAUGCGUGAAGGCCUUCACCCCGCAUGCACGCGCCUGACCUCUAACUUAAAAGCACUUAAGCAUCUGUUUCAGGAGUAUUUUGCAAGAUCUCUUGCGGGUGUUUUUUUUCUUUUUGUUAAACACACUUAAGUUUGUCUCUGCACGCACUUUGCACUGUGCUGUUACCAUGGAUUGAAGCAAAAUGGUGACAAGAAAGGCUUUAUUUAUAAACGGGGUUAUUUAUGUAUUUAUAAUUGACAUGUAGAAACUGAUCAUCUGGGUAGAUGGUUUUGUGUUAUUGUCGUGUGGUGUCCCUUACCAGUGUUUAUAAAAAUUAAUUUUCUAAAAAUUAUAGUUUUGGGGGGGGGGGUGAAAGAUUGAAUGUUUCUAUUUGAUAGGUUUGAUAUGUCCAGUGUGGGGUUUUUUUUUUUUUUCUUUUUUUUUUUUCUUCGUUCAAAAAGAAACCUUCAGCCAAAGCUUUAAUGUGAGUUCACUGCGUUUCGUGAAGUGUAUUUUAUUUUCCCUGCUUGGAGUAGAGCUUUAUUUGGCGCAGCCUGUGCAUUGUUAGAAAUAAAGCAAUGCUUAAGAGCAAUUGACACUUGUUAUGUGCCUGAACUAUGUGCAAUACUGGUAAUUUACAUCAAAUGUACUUGUAUAUUUAUUAUUAAAGCAUGAUAAAAUCCUG